GUCCAUACACACAAUGUGAGCACUGGGUCACCAAAUUUCUAAUCUGGGAAUCCCCCAUUUGCAUGCUCUGUUAUGGAUGAAAUAAUAACAUUUGGAUGUUCCUCAGCAUCUAGAAUACGGACUUUAUACUUCCAACUCUUAAACCACAUCUAUUCCACUAAAAGUGUAAUAUCUUUUGUGCACAGUGCUCUCCAAUUGAAUGGAUCAAACUAACUCCAUAAAAAUAGAAAGAUAUUCAGACUAUGAAUGUUCUAUUUCAUUGAUUAAUCUGUGUAUACCAGAAAGAGAAGUGAACAUGGUAAUACAAAACAGUCAUAGGUCUUGCAUUUGUAAAUUCAGCAUUGGCCUCAAAUCUGUUGCAUUAGAAGCAAGUGAAGGGAGAAAAUUUGUUGAGGAAUAGAAGCAAGUUAGUUAAACAUAGGCCUUGUAUAUUCAAGCACUCAUCCAAAAAAUCUGCUCCUAGCCGAAUGCACAAAUCUCAUAGAAUUUGAAAUCCUCUAUUUGAGCGAUGAAGCUGUUUCAACAAAAGAAAAAUACUAGUGGUGAGCUAUCGCAAUGACUCUAUACUUAGUCUUCAAUGCUUUUUCCAGUUCCAUGAUCAAUAUGGGAAAUAUUAGUCCUCUUACUGAAUCAGCUGGGGAGAUACACAAGAACUGCAGGGUAGUCAACUGACAGUUGCACAGUGCAUUGGUUAUUGCACUUAUAUACAAUUAAGUAAGAACUAAAAUUAUCUUAUAGAAUGCACUAAAGUGUUGGUGCUUUUAGGAAUGCUUGCAGAAUUGAUGUUUCCAUCUUCUUCUUCUUUCUGUAAUAGUUUAUUAUAACAAUCUCUGUUAUUACUGCAGAGGCAAAUUCUUACUUGGCCAUUGUAGGAAGGAAUUCCCACACUAUUGUUUAUGGACCUUUGAUGCAUCUGAUUGAUUUUUCAAUCAACAGAGUCUACUUAUAUAGGGUAAUGCAGUAAUUUCAUCUAUCCACUCUCUCCUCACAAGUCCUAAGCCUACCCCACCAACCUCCUUCCUCCUACACCUGCCAGAGUCUCUUAUUCUUUUACUUUCUCCUCAGCAAUUCUUUCCUUUGGUGGUCAGUAUAGAAUCUCUCCUUUGGCUAUAAGAUGAGAUUUCUUCUUUCCGUGUAUAAAACUAUAAGUAUAUCGGAGAUAUGAAAGGGUAUUGCUUCAAAAUUUUCAGUUCACAUAUGUAAUCAACGAAGAAGCAGCAGCAACAAUAUGGGCAGAGGAGGAUGCAUGAAUGGAGAACUGGAUACAACAUUGUAUAGUUCACCCGUUCCUUUGAUUGGCCUCUACAUCGCUGCUGGAACAUUGGUAUGCUUCUUUUGCAUGACUUUUGAUUUGGUGUAUGCAUUUAUUCAGAAGAAACCAUUUGUUCCAUGUAAACUGUUUCCUAUGAACUCAUUUACUCUGACGGUGCUGGCAGUAGCCACAAAAAUCCCACUUGAUCUUACCACAUCCAUGCCUAGAGCUGAGGAUCAGCUCUCCAAGCUCAUGGGCACUGCAUUGUUGUGCACCGCACUUGGGUUUUAUAUUCCAUCACUGGGGACUAUGGGCACAUCCGAACGCUUCGGCAACAUGGCAGCAUUGAGUGUGAUGGUGAUUACCAUGGUUGCUAAUGUGUGUAUACAAAUGGGCACAAGAGUGAUCUUUGCCUUCACAAUAGAACACAUCAUCAUCAUGGUCUGCCUCUUAGUACUGCUUUUGUUUAUGUGGUCAUCUGCUAUUGCAUUUAGAGGCCAAACAGAUGAUUGGGGAUCUUACUUUAGAUCUGAAAUAUCAAAAGAUAUAGAAAAUGCAAAAAAGGGUCCACAGGGAUUAAGAAAACUAUUGGUGAAGCUCCAUGUAAUCAACUAUACGGGCAACCCUCAAACAUUGUUAUGUGAAACUACACAUCAUCAUGUGUUUUGCUUACUGUGUGCCCUUUCUUCAGCAGUUGUCUUACAAGCCAUGAUAAGGUCAUUUGCCCUGAAAAACAUGAGGUUAUAUUGCAGUGCUUCUGACUACGGAUGGUCAAUUCCCAUCAUGAUUGUAGCUCAAUUACUAACCAUUGUAGUGGGAACUUUUUCCAUCAUUUAUAGAUGGUUUUCAUUCUUCAGCCACUCUAACAAGAGUGAUCUCCAUGCACAUAAAGAUUUUCAUUUUUAUCAGCCAGAAAGAGAAUUAGAAUAUCUGAAGUUGAAGACCUUACCUUUUAGAUUCUUCAGCAGCAGGAAAAAACUCUCUAAUAUAUGUCUAGUUGCCAAAAAAAUUAUCAUGAAUGUGCUUAUGCGCACUCAAAUCGUGUUAUACGAUUGCAGCGGUUUCUUCAUUGGGUUCCCAAUUUAUACUGUCAAGACAUUCUUGAGAUUCAUAAUUCCAUUUGAUCGUAUCUUCUUCCAUGAGCACACAGAAGAUAAGGAUAUUGAAAUUAUAUUAGAAGAAAUUUCAAUUUUUGACAUGUCAGAAUUAGAGGAUAUUGCAUUAUCAUCUCUGUGUCGCUACCCUUUCAAAGAAUGGAUUGUAAAAAUGGGCAUCAAAGACAUGAUGAGAUGGAGAAAUACAGAUAACUGGGACCGUCCAACUCAUCUCAUCCAAUUAAUAUCCAAAUGUCCUACUUCUGGUUCUGCUUCUAAAUCAGAACGUUCCCUCUUGCUCAUAAAAAAAUUAGAAGCUAUAGGCAAAGAAGUUUUACGGAGAAAGGAAGCAAUUGGCUACCGAUUCGAAUAUGAAUACAGAGUUUCAUGUGUAUCAGUGUUGGUCCUUUCAGGAAUGCUUGCAGAAUUGAUGCCAUCUUCUUCCCGUAGGGAAUCUCUAUUACAGAGCUUAAGUGAGUCAUUUGAAACAAUUUAUUAUGUAGAUCAGAGGACCACAGAUACUCCUAGCGUGGACGAUAAAAGAAGAUGGACAGCAGCAAAGGAUGUGUGGGCACAAUGGGGGAAUCCUCAUCAUUGGUUCCAAACUAAGAUCAUCUCAAGUGCAUUCAAGAAGAAAUUCAAGGAAUAUUCCAAGUUAGAUCAGCUACAUCAUGCCAUUGGGGAUGCCUAUGAUGCUAUAGAAAAAACCAUUUCCAUUGCUAGUAUACAACGUGGUUCGUCAUUGGCUAAAAAGCACAUGGCUCUGAUUGGAACUGAAUUGCAAAUCAUUUGUACAUUUAUACUACAAGAGCAGCAACAGGAGCAGUUUGAAUCAGCUGAGGAUGUAUUUGAUUUAUUAGAGAAGUGUUUUGCUGAGAUGCUCUAUUUUAGCCUCUCUGGUCUCCCAAAGGCCAUACUGAAGGAUAUCGAUGAAGAUGAUCCAACUGAAAUAGGUGAAGGAAGAGUGAAAAAAGCCUGGAAGUUCCUUUGUAAACUUGAGCUGUUAGGAGACACAAUUGAAUGGUCAUGGCCAUUGAGAUUUGAACCUGAAAGUCAAGCAAAUGUUGUCCACUCUGACUCUCCUCCUGUAGUUGCUCUUGAUUAUGGUUAUUCAGAAGUUGAAGCUAAUGUCUCAAAUGUCAUUGAUGGUGAGGUUUGCAAUAGUGAUGUUUCCCUUGCUGCUACUGCUUGUGCUGUAGAAGAAGAAGAUGAUGAUGAUGAAAUUAAAGAAAUUGGGUCCGAUGAGAUUGUUUGAAUGACAAUGAUGGGCAUCGGUUACUAUUGCAGGAUCAUGGCCUGAACAUCAAAACUUUGGAUCAUGGUUUCUUAGAUUAUGCAGCAGCAGGGAUAGAAGGGAAAGGAGUCGAGCAAGGCCUCAGAUGUACAGCAGAGCAAAGCAUGAAGCACAAGAGAACACUGGAAUGACUCUGCUCAACUUCAACAAUGGAUUAACUAGAAAUGCAACACUUCGCCAUGGACAAUAUACUACCUUUCCCCAACUUGUAUUAUGUCUCCCUGAUAUAACAGUUUGAUUUGGUAUGUUACACGAAAGUCGACAG